CGACGCGAACUAAGAUCAGAAAUCAGAAAUGCUUCCAUUAAAGCUUGCUCGCUCUCUUCUCCUUCACGAGACUCUCAAUCUCACCCAUAAUUGCGGCGAUCAAGACGAAGUAGACGGCGAUGGAGACGGGGAAACCAGCAUCCGGCAAAUCCUAAGCUCCUACAAGCAAUCAAAAACCCGAUCGAGAUCGGAAAACAAGAACAACAACAGCAACACGAGAAAUUCCAAAACGCCUUUGCUUGUCUUCGUUCCCACCCGAGAAUUGAUCGCAGACGCUUACCGAUUAGCCACAAUCGCGAGAGAUCUAGGUAUGGAUUUGUACCCAACACCUUCCCUCUCUCACAUCAUCUUCUCAUUCCCGCCGCGAGAAUCGGGAUCGCCGUCGCCUUUCUCCUCUUCGUCGCAUCCUUCGACUUGGUCGUCUUCGGCGGCAUCGCUAUCGUCGUCUCUGUCGUGGUCUCUUCCAAACGACGCCGUGAUGCUCUCUUUCCCAUCUCUCUCCGCCUCCUCACUCUCCCAUCUCCGAUCAUUCGUCUCCCUCUCCAAUGGCCUAUUUAAGCUCGUCUUCUCCGCCGCCGUGGAAACCCCAUCAUCCUCCUCCGGAUCCGUCAGCAAUUGGGAUUGCUGCUCCGUAUCUCUCUUCUCAAGAAUCACCAGCAAACGAAUCGGAUCGAUGGAGAGUUUCUCGCAGGCAUUGGCUUCAAAUGGAUGGACAAUUUACAAGACGAAGGAGAAUCCGUCGCCGGAAUCUACCGGACACAGCAACUCCGGAAGCUCGGCGUAUCUGUUUAGGAAAGUGUAUACGGGUCGGGUCAUGACCCGAGACAGAAAUGGUGGGUCGUGUAGAGUAAGAGAACUGAGACUUCCUCAAUUGGAUUUUAGGAAUGCACCUCUCCGGAUUCUGCAAUAUUUGAUGUUGAUGACUGACGAUCUCUUCUUCCUUGCGUAAAUUUGGUUCUUUUUUUCUUCGAUGUAAUCAUCCAUUGACAAAGAUUUGAUCUUUUAGGAAUGUAAAUUUUUGAAUAUCAAACAAACGAGAAAUUCAGGCAAAAGGAAUAAGAAGCCACCGACUAAUUCUUUAUCUCCUUCUCGGAACUUAACAGAUUCC